AUGUUUCGUAGGAUCAACAGUUCGUCGGCUAACAAAAGCGUAAGUGGAUCUUCCUCCACGUCACGUGCAUUUGCUGAGCAAGUUGCACGACAAUAUGAAGUCCCACGUGCAAUGACAAAGGAGCGUGUAAAGGAACUGGCAGCAAUUGGUGAAGCCCGUGCGAACCAACUUAUACGUUGGGUCACGGAUGAUGACCAAGGUGUUGCUGGUUCCAUAGCUGCUAGUGCUGUUUUACGUCAGCAGAAAGAGAAUUUUACCAUUUACGAAAUGCACGAUACACAGGACGAACUGCUUGUGAUGAAAGGUGUCGUACGUCUACAAAAUACAACGUGUGACGAGGUACUCGCGCUGCUCUCCGGUCGCACAGCAACUGAAGUUGAUGCAUUUUUACAAGAUUUAUUAGGUGCACAAUAUGCAUCUGGGCAAGCGCUGCUCUAUACCGAAGUAAGCGCAGACGCUGGGAACGCACCUGAACCGACACCGGAACCGAAUACACCGGCCACACCAAAAACACCGCGUGGAUCGAGACCCACGUCGUCGUCACUUAUGGUACAAUGGCUAGCACUUAAUGACGUACAUCCACAAGCACCGCUUCGAGAGCUUUUUUAUAUGCGUUUUAAUCAGUCUUUUUGCAACGGGAAUGGAGGAAAUAAUCCACUUGGAGGCGGUGCAUCUUACGGUGUUUCAGUCAUGGAAUCCAUUGAAUUACCAAGAUGUGGUCCCCUCUUUUCGCAGACUCACAUGCAACGUCAAUCGUUGCGAAAAUGCGGCUUUGUAGUCGAAGCAUCUGAAGAUAGGAACUCGAUGACCACGCGUGUGUCGUUUUUCAUCACAGCUCCAUACCGUGCACCAUCAUUAGAACAGGAUCGUGCGUGGCUUUUGCGUCUCGCCGGGUGUGUUCGUCUUGUGCCUAGUGCAAUUGUGAAUCGCCGAAUUCGACGUAAUCAACUGCGUGAUCGUCGAAGUUGGCACUUUCGUGACUCCUGCUCUGUCUGUGGUGGUAACUUUUCAAUGUUCACGCGCCGUGCACACCACUGUCGAAUCUGCGGCUCAUCCGUUUGCUCCAAAUGUUCCGCAAUUCGCAAGGACAUUCAGCGUUCAAAGUUUUCAGCUAGUACUCGUGUCUGUAUGGCAUGUUUGAACGGCGAUCAAACUGGAGCUUACGGGACUUCAACCGCGUCUGAAAGCCGUCAUAAUGCUACCAGAUCGAGUGCUAGCGACAGAACUUCGUCAAGCCGUGAAAGCGAUGUAGAGUGUUUCGGUAGCGCCGCUCACGUGACGUUAGAAGAAGCUUUAGCUGGAUUUACGAUCGAACCGACCUUGGCCAAGAAUAUGGCUCAGAGUCCAAGUGAUUCAUCGAGUAGUGUGGCUAGCCAAAAUGAUGAAGAUGACGAUGAUGUGUGUGUUAACUCGCCGUUUGAGUAUGAGCUGACGUUUUUAAAGGGCAAUCCGUGGCCUGAUGCCCCAUUGACGUCAACUGAAAAGGAGCGUGUUCGGAUCAUUCAACGGCUUAAUCUAUCGCAAGAUUUUGCCAAUUCCGUUCUACGCGGUCUACUCGAAUUAGCGUUUGGCCUUGUCGGCGAUCAAGUACCGCGCGAUGUUGGCGUGGAUGGUCAUGCAAUCAUGUCAUCUGAUCCACUUGUAGUCCUAGACAUUCGAAAGGAUAUUCGUUUUGCCAAGAAUCCUCUUGCGCUGUCCAUGCAAGUGAAUUUUUUCUUGGGGAUCCCAUUGAUAGCAAAGGAAGAAGGCGUGGUGAUUGGUGCCAUUGCUAUGGUUGACAAGAAUGCUCGCAAAAAAGUCAGAGGUUCCGAAUUGCGUGCAUUAAAGCUUAUUGCAGCGCGAAUGAUGGAGAAAAUGGAUGCACAAAACAACGAAAUGACAGAAAAGGUCAUCGAGGGGGUGCGGCUGCUGUAA